AUGGAUACCAUGCCAGAUGCCUUUGCUCCAGCUCAGAUGGGCUCCUCAGCUGCACCUCCAAAUUUGAGCUCCGGAACUGGCCCGCUCGGGGAGACUCUUUCUCCCAUGCCUGUAAAGGUGGAUGACACCUACCCCAAAUCAGUUGCAGCUGGAGCGAUAGCUAAUAUCUGGCAGAUCCCCCCCAAGCUGGACCUUGAAUCAUACAUUUCCAACUACAGAGGUCGGACCCGAUUCAACCGCCUUUACCUUAUUGGAAACACCUCCACCCUCCUUGCCGUCGAUGCCCUCAAGUCCGCUGUCGCAGAGGCUAAAUCUGGAAAGGAUGUUGGACGAUAUGAAAAAGCAGUUCGUGCUCUAGCGGAGGUAGCCCCGGGCGAGCAAGAAGCCGCCCUCGACUCUGCCUGGGUCUCAGAUACCCAGCGCUCAGUCAGAGCCCAGAGCGAACGCUUGGAACAUGAGCUGCGGGGAUAUAAGAAUAAUUUGAUUAAGGAAAGCAUUCGGAUGGGAAAUGAGGACUUGGGCAAUCACUACUAUGAAACGGGAGACCUGGUCGCCGCAGCCAAGGCAUACUCACGGAUGAGAGACUAUUGCACAACACCAAAUCACAUCGCAUCCAUGCUAUUCAAGAUGAUCAACGUAUCCGCCGAACGCGGAGAUUGGAUAGGCGUGCAAUCCAAUGUCCACCGACUCCGCAACUCCCAAUCCAAACCAGAAGAUCUCCUGAAAAACCAACCUAAGAUACUGGCUGCCCUGGGCUUAUCGCAAAUGCACGCGAAUUCCUUCCGUGAUGCAGCCACGAGCUUCCUCGCCGUGGACUCCUCUCUGAGUGACACAUUCAGCGAGAUUGUUACGCCAAACGACAUUGCCGUUUACGGGGGCCUAUGCGCCCUGGCCUCCAUGGACCGUCAAGAACUUCAGAAACAAGUGUUGGAUAACCCCUCAUUUCGACACUUCCUCGAAUUGGAGCCGCAUAUUCGUCGAGCCAUUGCGUUCUUCUGUAAUUCCAAGUUCCGUCCUUGCCUCGAUAUUCUAGAAAAUUACCGCACCGACUACCUCCUCGACAUCAACCUCCAGCGUCACGUCCCGGUUCUCUACACUCAGAUCCGUACCAAGGCUAUCCAUCAAUAUCUGGUUCCGUUCAGUCGCGUCACACUCGACUCGAUGGCGGCUAUAUUCGCCCCAGACGUGAUUGGAGGUGAAGCUCGACCGACCGGACUGAACUCGCCCUUCGUCCAAGAACUCAUCCGUCUGAUCAAGGAAGGCGUACUGAAUACCCGAAUUGAUCUUGAGAAAGGUCUUCUGGUUUCCAACCAGACAGAUCUACGAAUCGAGGUACAGACAAAGACGCUGGACAGCUUGAGCAGCUUCAACAAGGAAGCUCAUCUGCGAAUCGUUCGUGCUGCUGUCCUGCAUGCUGGGCUGGAAAUCCGAGACAGCGACGCUGAACAAGGACCGCGUCAGUCACACCAAGGUACCAGAAGAGGGCCAAGCGGGUACCGUCGGGCUGGUGGACUCGUUGGCUAG